AUGAUCGCCAACGACGAACAUCAGUCUUCUUCGCAUCCUCACCUUUCGCGCGGCAAGCAUGGUACCUGUCUUAUCGUCAAGGGCAAACCCUUUCUCAUCCUUGGUGGCGAGCUGCACAACUCCGCUCUCAGCUCAGCUCGCUACAUGGACGACAUAUGGCCGGCUUUAAAGAAGCAAGGUUUCAACACCCUACUCGGCUCUGUGACUUGGGAGCAGAUCGAGCCCACCGAGGGGGUGUUUGACUUCUCAGAGCUGGAUAAGGUCAUUCUCGGUGCGCGAGAACAUGGAAUGCACCUUGUGCUCUUGUGGUUUGGGUCGUACAAGAACGCUGUCAGCACUUACGUACCUGAGUGGGUGAAGAAGGACUCGAGACGGUUCCCCCGGGUACGGAGUGUCGAGGCAGGCGGUAUCCGAAAGAUUCUCGAAGUCGUGACGCCCUUGUCUGAGGAGUGUGCCGAAGCUGAUGCAAAGGCAUUUGGCAAGCUACUGGCCCACCUGAAGGAUUUUGAUGCAGACCACUCUACGGUCAUCAUGGUCCAAGUUGAAAAUGAGGUGGGAAUACUUGGCGACUCAAGGGACAGAUCUGCCCUGGCUGAAGCGGCAUUCAAGCAGCCUGUCCCGGAGCUCCUGCUCCGUCAUCUGGGAGACAAUCCGCACCCGAGAUUUGCGAAACGCUUCCCCAACGUUCCUAAAAACGGCCAACACUCAUGGGAAGACGUUUUUGGAACCGGAGAGGCCGCCGAUGAAGCAUUCAUGGCGUAUCACUUCUCUCGUUACAUAGGCAAGGUCGCCGCGUCGGGCAAGUCGUCCUAUCCAAUCCCGCUAUAUGCAAACGUGUGGCUCAAUUUUGACGACCUCGAGAGCCUGGAUGUCGGCCUCCCUACCUCCGUCAUCACAGGAGCUGCCGUGGCCGGCGGGCUUGGGCCGGGAAAGUACCCUUCCGGUGGACCAUGCCCCCACGUUCUCGAUAUUUGGAGAUUUAAUGCGCCUGUCCUGGACUUCAUCGCACCAGACUCCUACUUGCACAAUUAUGAGAUGGUUUGCAAGGAUUACACAGAAAAACAAAAUCCGCUAUUCAUCCCUGAACAGAGACGUGACGAGCAUGGGGCUCGCAGGAUGUGGCUUGCCUUGGGAACGUAUGAUGCCCUAGGAGUCAGUCCGUGGGGUGUCGAGUUCGAUCCAAAGCCCGUUGGCAGGGAAUUCAAGCUUAUAAGCCAAGUUACGGAUUUCAUCUUGGGUUCCUCCCCAGGGGACCGCUUUGGGUUCUUUUUUGACGAAGUGGGUGAUCCAAGAACUGAAAGAUCAUGGACUAAGGUACUUGGAGACAUUCAAGUUACGGCUGAGCGAGCCUCUGUCUUCGGUAAACCGGGCCCUGGUGGGGGCAUGAUUAUCAGGUUGGCCGAUAUGAAGUUUCUUCUUGUCGGAUACGGAUUUCAGGCCAAGUUCAAGAGUUUAAGAAAGGAGGUUGGGUUUACAGGUAUUUUGAGCGCCAGGGAAAUGGAAUACGAGGAACCUGGAAAGCUUCGUCCAUUACGUUGGUGGAAUGGUGAUGAGAUCAGAGGCGGCUCUGCUAUGGCUAUGCCGAACGAGGAGCCUGAUCAUGGAGAAUUCCCCAUUCCGGCCUGCAUACCUGCUCGCACCGGUAUAACGGAGAUUAAAGUGUAUGUUCUCGAAGAGGAUGCUUAG